AUGCGAAAGAGAGUGGAGAGCUUGUCACUACCUUUCGAUCAAUCAAGUCUCCGUCGAAGAGAUCAUCCACUACCACUUGCACAAGUCAAGCCAAAUGGCUUUCCUGAAUCGUCUUUUCAUGCGUUAAAUAAUUCGACUAUUACUACUGCCGAUCAUCCGACCGCUAAAAACUCGAUAGGGCUUAGCAUCGAAGCUAAUGAUGUUGGCUACUUGGCCGAAAUUUACAUCGGAACUCCUCCCAAGAAAUUCAGAGUCAUCCUCGAUUCAGGCUCAGCUGAUACAUGGUGCCGAAAUUCAAAAAACCCGGCUCUGGGAUGUAAUCACCCAGCUUUGAAUGUCGAUUCCAGUACCCUUCAUAUUACUGACACCAAAUUUAACGUUAGCUACGGUACCGGAAAUGUUCAAGGGUUGCUUGUGCAAGAAGACAUCACCAUUGGAGGUCUGCUGCUCCAACAUCACACUUUUGGUGGCGUCACUUCAGCAAGCAAUGAAUUUGCUGGUUCAACUAUCCCAUUCGAUGGUUUGAUGGGAACUGCUAAAAGUUCCCUAUCCAGUCAAAAAGUCAUAACGCCGAUCGAAGCCAUGGCCAAAGCUGGAAUUAUUUCUGGAGCGUUCAUUGGUUAUUCCUUGGGUCGAGUCUCUGACAAUCAAAACAUAGGUCAGGCGACCUUUGGUGGCGUGGAUCAGACCAAAUUCUCGGGGAAUCUCACUAUGUUUCCUAAUGUCAACAAAAAGGGAUUUUGGGAAGGAGAAAUGGCGAGCAUCAUGGUAGAUGGUCAAGUCGUACUAAGACAGAGAACAGGAAUCCUCGAUACUGGCACCACUUUGAUCGUCGCGCCCCCAGCUGACGCUCAAGCAUUACACGCCCAUAUACCUGGGGCAUCGAGCGAUGGAAAAGGAGGAUUUUUUAUUCCUUGCACCAGCAAAGCCAAGGUAGCAUUAAGUUUUGGUGGAGUUCCGUUCGAAAUCAAUCCGGUGGACUUGACCUUUCAACCCACAACGACCGAUUUAUCUGCAAAUUGUAUCAGUGCAAUCAGUUCAGGUACAGUUGGAGGACCUAAUCAAUGGUUGCUUGGUGAUACAUUUCUGAAAAAUGUGUAUUUUGCGACCGAUGCAACCCACGAUGAGAUGGGAAUGGCGGCUCUCAAAAAGGUCUCUUCUAAAGGAUAA